AUAGUUUCCUUGAAAAGAGAAGACAGGAGACAGAAGCAAAGGAGAAACAAAGGGGCAAAGGGGGUGCACAGCUGGUCACUGACUGUGUUGACCAGCACCAAGUACCAACCACCACCUCUCUCUCUCUCUCUCUCUCUCUGCAUCAGCACAUCAUCAUCGUUCAUUUCAAUCAUAGGAUUACGUUGAAUUGAAUUGGAAUUUAGAAAUGCAGAGCAAGGGAUCCAGUCAGAGACUUUCAAGCAUGGCUAAUCGAUCCCGCAUUCCUUCACUCCUCAUCUCCAUGUUCGCUACUUUCGCUUCCAUCUACGUCGCUGGAAGGUUAUGGCAGGACGCAGAGAAUCGCGUUUAUCUCAUCAAGGAACUCGAUAGAAUCACCGGCCAGGGACAAUCUGCUAUAUCAGUGGAUGAUACUUUGAAGAUCAUAGCCUGCAGGGAACAACAUAAGAAGCUUGAUGCCCUUGAGACGGAACUUGCUGCAGCUAGACAGGAGGGUUUUGUUUCAAAGCCCUUGAUAGAGACUAAUGGGACUUACUCUAAGAGAAGGCCGUUGGUAGUGAUAGGAAUACUGACAAAGUUUGGCCGCCAGAAGAAUAGAGAUGCAAUUCGCAAGGCAUGGAUGGGAAGUGGUGCAGCAUUGAAGAAAAUUGAAGAUGGAAAGGGCAUCAUUGUUCGAUUUGUUAUUGGUAGAAGUGCCAAUCGCGGGGACAGUCUGGAUAAAGACAUUGAUCGUGAGAAUAGGCUGACUAAUGACUUCUUAAUUCUUGAUAAUCAUGUGGAAACAAAUAAUGGAUUCCCAAAGAAGGCUAAAUUGUUCUUUGCUCAUGCUGCAGACGAAUGGGAUGCUGAGUUUUAUGCUAAAGUCAAUGAUGAUGUUUAUGUAAAUAUUGAUGCCUUGGGAGCUACACUUGCAACUCAUUUGGACAAACCUCGCAUUUACAUGGGAUGCAUGAAAUCAGGCGAAGUUUUUUCUGAACUGAACCAUAAAUGGUAUGAACCAGAGUGGUGGAAAUUUGGUGACAAAAAAUCAUAUUUUCGUCAUGCAUCAGGAGAGAUGUAUGUCAUAUCACGAGCUUUAGCUAAAUUCAUAUCAAUAAACAGAUCUAUUCUUCGUACCUAUGCUCAUGAUGACGUGAGUGCUGGAUCCUGGUUUAUUGGGCUUGAUGUGAAGCAUGUUGAUGAGGCAAAGUUUUGUUGUUCGUCUUGGUCGACAGGUCUCCCCCUCUCUCCAUUUGUGUGUGUUGCAUGUGCACGUGCUAAUUUAAAGUUCAAGUUCAUGGCAUUAGUUUGGGCUGACUUAAAAUCUCUAAAAAUUAUGUGUUAAAUUUCGUUUGCAACUUCAGGGUGAUACAACAUGAUUUUAUUUUUCAGGAGCUAUUUGUGCCGGUGUUUGAGUUUAUUCCAGUGCAUUCUUGUGAGAAGACUGCCAACGUAAUACACAGGAGACACCAAAUGUUAGAAGGUUUGCUUCCUAAGAUCUUUUUUAUUUCUAUUGGAAGCGGAUUGAUUCCUACAGAUGUCUGUUAAACAGUUGCUUCUAGUUCUAAAUUUGAAAUUCAUUGAGUAAUAUGUUCCAUUAGCUUGUGAAACACCAGUUGGCAAAUUGGGCGGUUACCAAAGGCAUGCAACGUCAUAAAGCACAAAUAAAAACUCAGUUUUCCACCUAUAAGUUGUUUUAUGUAUCAUUCUAUGUUUCUUUCAUUCAUUCCAUGACCGUAGGGGAAGAUGACUCUUUGUAGAAGAACUUCCAAAAUGUACUAAUGAAAAAUGUUUAUAGGAGAGAUAUGGUGGCUGACCAUCUCUUUUGUAGUAAAGGGAUCUUUGCUUUUGUACAUGGCAGAGACACGGAAUUUUAAGCAAUGGUUUUAUGUUUUAUUAUACAAGUUAACAACAUAUUAUUAGAAACUUACAACUUUAUUAAUACAAUUUGGUUAG